GAAACUUACGAACUCAAAUCAACAGUACAACUAAACGCCAGUUGAGGUACGAAAAUUUAUUUGCAAUUUAAAAACAGUCAACCCAAAUGUCGUUCUAACAAUAAUUCUAACAAUUAUAGAAACAAACCUUCAACUUUGUAUGUUCCCGGAGGACAACUCUAAACAACCAAACCAAGAACAAAGACAAACCAAACUGUACAAAAAAAUUGAUGUAAACAAACAAGUUCAGAAGUUGAGUAAGACAGUUCCAUCCAAGAAACACAGUAAACUAAAUAAUAUACAAUAUAGAGGUUUUAUUCAGUCAAAUGUCUUCCGUUCUACCGUAACAGCAGAAUCCAUCAGAAAUAUCGAAUGGUCACUGGUUUCAGACAAAUGUCAUGCUGAAUCAACAGUAUUGACGAAUUACAUAGAACUGGUGAGGAAGACGAUUGUCCAAAUUGUUUGAAUUCAAUGUAAACAUCGCGGAAAUUAAUAACGAACGUGAUAAUUCACUGUGUAGAUUGUAUUGAAUCAUGCUGAUGGAAUGAACUGCUUAUGUCACUCAAUUUGUCUUGACAUUGGUUGAGUCUCCGACAUAACAUACAAUGAACAUAUUCAUUUAUGAGAUCAGUACUGAGGGUAUGAAAUUCCGACUAAAAUAUUUUCGGAAACCACAAGCUUUUUGACCGACCAAAUAUUUGUUUCUACUUAUGAUAAUAUGUUUAGUAAAGUGGUAAAAAUCAUUCAUAAAAUG